AUGCCCGUUGUCACAGUUGUUUUCGGCACUCGCCGUCGACUGAUCGAGCUUCCUAACUCGUACAACUUGCUGAUUCGCAAAAUCAAUGAAGACUUCGGUCUUGACAAAGUCGACUUCGUCAUCCACUUGACCACUCCCUUCGAUACUGAGGAAGUCGAGCUCGAUCCCACGGCCUACAGCGCUGUUUCCGACAAAUGCGUCCUUCGUCUCCAAAAGACUGACGCAGAGGAAGCAGAAGCAGAGUGUGCUGAGCCGAAGAGAAAACGCAUCCGACGAAUCCCGAUCUCGCAGAUGGAGCCACCUAUCCACGUGCGCAUCAAAACAUUGACAGGAAAGAUCAUUCAGCUUCGGAUUUCGCCUUCAAUGACGAUCUUGGACCUCAAGAAGAUGUAUGAGGACGAAGAAGGAACUCCACCUGAUCAACAGCGUCUUAUAUUUGCAGCCAAGCAGCUAUGUGAUGACAAAACCUUGCGUGGCAAGCCAGCCAUCUACCUCAUGUCACCCACUCCUCUCGACUCAGUCUCCGUCUACGUUACUCUCUCAGAUCACUGGAAGUUCACCACUCUGUGGCCUCUUACAGAACCUUCCGUCACCGACCAGACGUCUCGUGUCAGCUGGGACGUCUCCACCCGCCCUGACGGCACUCUGGAGUCUCUAGCAACCGACGUGGAGUGCAGCUAUCUCUUCUGGGAGGCCGAGGCGGAGGCUGACACCAAAGCCAGCGACGUCAAGGUGUCACCAUCCGACGCGUACCCGUUCAACCCCCAGCGACCUCGGCUCCAUCGCACGGGCGUCGACGCGCUCAUUCUAUCCUUUGACGACUUCAUGCCAUACCUCUACGGGGUCCUUGAGUCCCUGACGUUGACGACAGCGAUGCGCACCUGCCCUGGUGGAUAUGAUCCCGCUCUGAUUGCGCAGUCUAUCCGCAACGAUGCUGGCGGCCUCAUCCCCUCGUCGGAGCUGCGGUCCUCCCCGGAUCCCAUCCUGACGGCACUUGCUGAGCUCGGCGUCUUGCGUCUUCAAGGCACCCGUGCUUUGAUCUCUCUCUUUGACAGGAACUACCAGUAUAUCGUCGCCGAGGCUACCCCCUCUCUCCGUCUGACCCCGAAUGCGAAAGUUGAUCAUGUCGGUACCGGAGAGCAUCUCCUGUUCUGCGGCACCGCCGUCCCACGGAAAGAAGGCCUCUGCGAGCUCGCUCUUGGCAUUCCUCUGUACCCUUCAGCAGAGAGUUCUUCGGAUGGUGCCCAACCCCCCGUGACAAUCAUUUCCGACAUCCCAAUAGAUCCGAGGUCUUCAAAACGAGCCUGUAGCCGUCUUGUGCCCCAGAAUCGCUUCUACGCAGGCGUCCCAAUACGUUCGCAAAAGGGUAUCGAUAUUGGCACCUUUUGCGUUUUCGACAGCAAGCCCCGCCCGGGUCUGGACGAAACUUCGAUGCAUUUCAUUCGCGACAUCUCUAGCGCCAUCAUGGACCAUCUCGAAUCCAGGCGGAGGAACGAUAGCCACCGUCGCGCAGAUAGGAUGGUGCGGGGAGUCGGCAGUUUUGUUGAGGGAAAAACCACCCUGUCCGGUCGGACAGUAACCGAAAACCCCGAGUCUUUCGUCGACGACGUCUCGCGAGAGGGCGGUCUGAAUAGAACCCAGCAACAUCUGCAGCAAGAAUCCGAUAACCGACGCGCUGAAGAGCAGGCCGAUUACCUAUCACCAUCAGCACAGCCACCCUCUACAAACGGGACAACCAAGUCUCGACCAUCACUACGGCCAGGCCCCAGCCCGUUGACUGUGCCUGGUACACCCACAAAGUCCCUUCGAUCCGUGUCCGGUCUCGCCCAUACACAUCCACACGAGCCUAAGAUCCGACACAUCUUUUCAAAGGCCGCCAAUGUCGUCCGAGAAGCCAUUGAGGUCGAGAGCGUGCUCUUUCUGGAUGCUGCCAUCGUUUCAUUCGGGGGUUUGGCGAGAUCGACGCCGCGUCAUCCGAAAUCGCCCAGGUCUAGCAAGUCAUCGGCGUCCUCUUCAUCCAGUGACGAAACGGAGAACUUUUCAAAACAAUGCAACGGCGCCCUUGAACAUGGAGAUGAGGAGGAAAGUUGUCGAAUCCUCGGCUUCUCGAGCUCGUCGGAUUCAAGCAUUGACGGGGAUUUACCUUCUCGAGCAUUUUCGGACGUAUCGGACAGAUUCCUCAACAAGCUUUUGCAACGUUAUCCGCAAGGGAAGAUCUUCAGCAUUGACGAGAACGGCGAGAUUCAGUCCAGCGAUACCUCAGGCGAUGAAACUGCUACGGUUUCUCCCGAAUCGGAACAAGACAACAAGACAAUACUGGUCCCCGACCAAACAAAGGAUGCCCUACUACCUCGCAAACGGCCCCGGAAUAGAUUCUCUCGACAAAAUGAAGGCAAAGGCAUUGCGGCAAUCUUCCCCGGGGCUCGGAGCGUGGCCUUGAUCCCCCUAUGGGACGUCAACAAACAGCGUUGGUACGCUGGCGGAUUCGUCUGUACAAAGAAUCCGACUCGGACCUUCACCGUUGAAGACGAGCUUAGCUAUCUUCGAGCUUUCGGUACCGUCAUCAUGUCUGAAGUUGAUCGCGUUAGUGCUUUACUGGUGGAACAGUCCAAAACGGAUCUCCUCAAUUCGAUAUCCCACGAAUUACGUUCUCCGUUACACGGCAUCAUACUGGGGGCCGAGUUACUAUACGACACUUCUUUGGAUGCGUUCCAAGGUGAGACCUUGGUCUCCAUUGAAAACUGCGGCCGGACGCUCUUGGAAACCAUCGACCAUCUUCUAGACUGGAGCAAGAUCAACAACUUCAUUGCAGCACCGACGAAAAAGCACAGUGUUCCCGAUAGUGUCACCGUCAGGGGUACGAGGAGUCACAGUGAACGCGGCAGAGCGGGAAGACGGGGCUCUGGUCAUAAACUCAGUAUCGAAGCGGGAAUGAUGAGCAUCAUGUCCGACGUUGAACUUGACGUGCUGGCUGAGGAGGUCGUCGAGAGCGUCUGUGCUGGAUUCAGCUACCAGCGUCUGUCCAUUGCCCAUCUGGUCAACGACAGGUCGGGAGACCACACAGAUACUGCCGACGCGAUCCAAGCAAUCCGACGACUUGAUAGCAUGCAAGCCGUGGAGCACAACGCCGUCCGAACCAGUAAGAACGGGAACUUGCUCAUGUUCCUUGGGGAUGUUCCCGUAACAUUCGACAUCAGUCCAGCUAUUUCCUGGGCGUUUCACACCCAGCCGGGCGCAAUCCGUCGCAUAAUCAUGAACCUGCUCGGUAAUGCGCUCAAGUUUACCAGCAAAGGAUUCAUCAAUGUCAGCAUACUUCGAAUCCCGCCGGAAUCGACAGAUGGGGGGCAGCCCACCAUCAAAUCUGGAGUAAAGAUCAUCAUCGCAGACACAGGACGUGGUAUCAGCGAGGACUAUCUUCACAACCAUCUGUUCACACCCUUUUCGCAGGAAGACAGUCUGUCGGCUGGAACAGGCUUGGGCCUGAGCUUGGUACAUCAGAUCGUCUCCAAGCUGGAUGGGUCUAUUCAAGUCUGGAGCAAGGUCAAUCACGGAACGAGGGUCACGGUGGUUCUUCCCCUAACAUACUCAGCUACGCCGUCCCCGACUGGCGAUCCAGGCUCCGCAGGCUUUGACGAAUUCGAAUCCCUCGUCAGUGAGUUGAAGGGUCUUCGGGUCCGGCUCCACGGGCUACCCACCGAACAAGCCGUGCGUGAGAAAGUGGACGACGAUCUUACCAAGGGGACCUUGAGCGAAGGAGCGCUCAUCGCCAACAUCUGCAUGGAUUGGUUACAAAUGCACGUCGUCGAAGCCUCCAGCGAUGAGCCAGUUCUCGCGGAUUUGGUCCUAUCAACCGAAGCCUCUGUAGACGAGCUGUUGCACGAGCAUCGCCACGGCCGCGUGUCCAUGCCUGUAGUGGUCAUCUGUCGCAAUGCCCUCAUCGCGCGUCGACUAGCGACGACUCCGAGAUUUUCGAAUAAAAACGCUAGCUUCGAUUUCAUUUCACAGCCUGUUGGUCCAAGAAAAUUAGCCAAGGUUCUUCUGAUGAGCUUCCGGCGAUGGAUCAAAUUGCAAUCCUCGGGCAUUCCCACUCCGAGUCAACUAUCGCUAGACAACAUCGCAACGCCUAUUGUUGACGUUCCCCAGCAAAUAAAUUCGCUACCAACGGGAGCGCAGGCGCGCAGCUCUGGCGAAGUCGUGGACUCUGUGUCGGAUCUGAACCCCGAAGAGCGGAAGAUAUUAGAAGAGCGACAGGAGGUGACUCGGGCGUUGGAGGAUGAGCGGGCAAAUGGCCAACAGUCCGAAGACUCUUCAAAGGAGACAAAGAAGGAAGAAUGUGUCCUCCCGGAACGACCCAAGAAUAACUCACCUAUGACGUCGAGGCAGAUGCAAUCCUUCGAUCAACCGUCCAAACAGCAUCGAGGGGGCGGGCCCAAGUUCCUCCUCGUGGACGACAACCCGAUCAAUAUCAACAUUCUGGCCUCGUACAUGAGGAAAUUCGGUCACAGAUUCGAAACGGCAACGAAUGGGCAAGAAGCAUUGGACAGGUUCGAAGCCGCGGCUGGUCAGCCUGCGGACCAGUUCCGACUCAUAUUGAUGGAUAUAUCCAUGCCGGUGAUGGAUGGCUUUGAAUCGACACGUCGGAUCCGGGCCAUCGAGAGGAAACUGAAGUUAUCGCGUUGUAACAUCUUCGCGCUGACGGGUCUCGCUUCGACCAGUGCUCAGCAGGAAGCGUUCGCCAGCGGCAUAGACCUGUUUUUGACGAAGCCCGUGAAACUCAAAGAGUUGAGUAAGAUACUGGAAAACAGGGGCAUCUUAUAA